AUGGAUGAUCCCGAAGAUCUCUCUGAGAUUUUUGCUUAAGUGCAAGGUGUGGAUAAAAGAAUAUACUCUUUGAUAAUUUAGAUGCAAGAAAAAUAGAAUACUAGAGAUUGGAUGGGAUUUCUUUCAGAUUAUGAAAAUCUAAGACAUCUAGAAGAGUAGAUUUUACAAAAAGAGGAUUCAACACAAGAAGAAAAAGAAUAAAGGAUGGAUGUUAUGAGAAAUAACAUCAAACUAAUUCUUAAUGUCAUUGUAAAAAUUAAAGAUCAUGAUUUUAAUAAAUAAGACUAUUCUGAUUAACGAUAUUUAGGACAGAGACAGGAUCUAAUAAAAACAAUAAGAGAAUAACAAGAGAUCAUCGGAUUUGUAAAAUUCUUAGUUCACCUCACAGCCUAUGAUGAAAAUUUAAUACAAUGUGGAUCAAACUCACUAAAUUUAUUAGUUAAUAUGAAAGUGGACAUUAGAAAUUAAAAUUUUGAAAACAUCAGAAUUAAGAAUACUUCUUUAUUCGGAGCUAAUUUUUUUAGGUGCAACUUAAGCGGGUCAUAACUAGAUAAUGUAGACAUAAAUGGAAUGAAUUUAAAUGGAGCGUUAUUGCUCAAUUGUAGAUGGACCAACAUUAAAAAAUAGGGUGAAAUAAAUAAAUUAGAUGGCCAUACUGGCAGUGUAAAAUCAGUAUGCUUCUCUCCUGAUGGAAAUAUAUUAGCAUCUGGUAGUGAGGAUAAAUCUAUCUGUUUAUGGGAUGUUAAGAAAGGACAAUAUAAGAUUAAAUUUGAUGGCCAUAGUAGUUUAGUUCGCUCAGUAUGUUUCUCUCCAGAUGGCACUUUAUUAGCAUCUGGUAGUUAUAAAAUAAUUGGUUUAUGGGACGUUAAGAAAGGAUAAUAACAGAACAUAUUGAAUGGUCAUCGUAAUAAGGUUUAAUCAGUAUGCUUCUCUCCUGAUGGUACUAAAUUAGCAUCUGGUAGUAAGGAUACGUCUAUCCAAUUAUGGGAUGUUAAGACAGGAUAAUAAAAGAAAAUAUUGAAUGGUCAUAGUCAAACAGUAUAGUCAGUUUGCUUCUCUCCUGAUGGAAUUAUAUUAGCAUCUGGUAGUAAGGAUAAAUCUAUCCGUUUAUGGGAUGUUAUGACAGGAUAAUAACAGGCAAAAUUGGAUGCUCAUAAGAAUACUGUCAAAUCAGUAUGCUUUUCCCCUGAUGGAAUUACAUUAGCAUCUGGCGGUUGGGAUGAGUUUAUCCGUUUAUGGGAUGUUAAGACAAGGAAGAAAAAAUUCAAGUUGAAUGUAUAUAGUUAGUAUGUCAUGUCAGUUUGUUUUUCUCCAGAUGGUACUACAUUAGCAUCUGGUAAUAAGGAUAACUCUAUCCGUUUAUGGGAUGUUAAGACAGGAUAAUAAAAGGCCAAAUUGGAUGGUCAUACUCAUUCAGUUUUAUCAGUAUGCUUCUCUCCUGAUGGUAGUGCAUUAGCAUCUGGUAGUUAUGAUAGGUCUAUACGUUUAUGGGAUGUUUAGACAGGAUUUUUAAAGACCGAAUUGGAUGCUCAUAAUGCAGCAGUUUGGUUAGCAUGUUUCUCUCCUGAUGGUAGUACAUUAGCAUCUGGCAGUAAUGAUAAGUCUAUUCGAUUAUGGGAUGUUAAGACAGGAUAAUAAAAGGCCAAAUUGGAUGGUCAUACUCAUUCAGUUUUAUCAGUAUGCUUCUCUCCUGAUGGUGGUACAUUAGCAUCUGGUAGUUGUGAUAACUCAAUCCGUUUUUGGGAUGUUAAGACAGGAUUAUAAAAGACAAAAUUGGAUGGUCAUAGUCGUGAAGUAAAUUCAGUGUGCUUCUCUCCUGAUGGAGCUACAUUAGCAUCUGGUAGUUGGGAUAAUUCUAUCCGGUUAUGGGAUGUUAUGACAGGAUAAUAAAAGUUUUAAUUGUAUGGUCAUAGUCGUGAAGUAACCUCAGUGUGCUUCUCUCCUGAUGGAACUACAUUAGCAUCUGGUAGUUGGGAUAAUUCUAUCCAAUUAUGGGAUGUUAUGACAGGAUAAUAAAAGUUUUAAUUGUAUGGUCAUAGUAGUUAAGUCACCUCAGUAUUCUUUUCCCCUGAUGGAACUAUAUUAGCAUCUGGCAGUUAUGAUAAGUCUAUCAGUUUAUGGAAUGUUAAGACAGGAUAAUAAAAGGUCAAAUUUUAUGGCCAUAGUAGUUAUGUUUAUUCGGUAUGCUUCUCUCCUGAUAGUACUACAUUAGCAUCUGGUAGUUGCGAUCAUUCUAUCCGUUUAUGGGAUGUUAAGACAGGAUAAUUAAAGUCCUAAUUGGAUGGUCAUACAUAUUCAGUUUAUUCAGUUCGCUUCUCUCCUGAUGGUACUACAUUAGCAUCAGGUAGUAUGGAUUGCUCUAUCAGAUUAUGGGAUGUUACAACAGCAUAAUAAAAGUCUUAAUAAGAUGGCCAUACUUAUUAAGUUUUACCAGUAUGCUUCUCUUCUGAUUAUACUACAUUAGCAUUUGAUAGUGGAGAUAAGUCCUCCUGCUUAUGGGAUGUGAGGAUAGGAUAAUAAAAGACACAAUCGGAUAGUCAUAGUAGUUAAGUCAACUCAGUGUGCUUCUCUCCUGAUGGAACUAUAUUAGCAUCUAGUAGACCUGAUAAGUCUAUCCGUUUAUGGAAUGUUCACACAGGAUUAUAAGUGACUAAACUUGAUGGUCAUAGUUCAACAGUAUGGUCAUUAUGCUUCUCUCCAAAUGGAAAUAUAUUAGCAUCUGGUAGUACUGAUAAGUCUAUUUGUUUAUGGGAUGUUAAAACAGGGUAAUUGAAGGCCAAAUUUGAUGGUCAUAGUGGCUAUGUCUAUUCAGUAUGCUUUUCUCCUGAUGGUACUACAUUAGCAUCUGGUAGUGAGGAUAACUCAAUCCGUUUAUGGAAUGUUAAGACCGGAUAAUAAAAGGCCAAAUUAGAUGGCCAUAGUAGUUAUGUUUAUUCGGUAUGCUUUUCCCCUGAUGGUACUACAUUAGCAUCUGGUAGUUGGGAUAAGUCUAUCCGAUUAUGGAAUGUUAAGACAGGAUUAUAAAAGACUAAAUUGGAUGGUCAUAGUAGUUAAGUCAACUCAGUGUGCUUCUCUCCUGAUGGUACUAUAUUAGCAUCUGGUAGAGCUGAUAAGUCUAUCCGUCUAUGGGAUGUUAAGACAGGAUAAUAAAAAAAAAAAUUGGAUGGUCAUAGGAAUUCAGUCAUCUCAGUAAACUUCUCUCCUGAUGGUACUACAUUAGCAUCUGGUAGUAGCGAUAACUCUAUUCGUUUAUGGGAUGUUAAGACAGGGUAAUAAAAGACCAAAUUGGAUGCUCAUAAGAAUUCUGUCAACUCAGUAUGCUUCUCUCCUGAUGGUACUACAUUAGCAUCUGGUAGUAGCGAUAACUCUAUUCGUCUAUGGAAUGUUAAGACAGGAUUAUAAAAGACCAAAUUUGAUGGACAUAGUAGUUUCGUUUUAUCAGUAUGCUUCUCUCCUAAUGGUACUACAUUAGCAUAGAGUAAUAGUGAUAACUCUAUCCGUUUUUGGGAAGGAAAGACAGGAAAAGAAAUUCAAUCCUAAGAUAAAAAUUAUAAAGAUAUUUUAAAUUAUUUUAAGACCCUACUUAUCGAAAACAGUCCAUUUUCAGGUACCUAUUUAAAUAUUUUAUUAAUUUCUUAAUAAUCUAUUUUUUAAGCAUAGGACGCUUUAGUUUUAAAAAGUGAAUUUGUAAAUUAAUUAGGGAUCAACUUAUACACACUAUUUAAACAAAAAGGUAGCUGUAUUUUUGAAAGCCAGUGA